UCAGAUGUAAUUAAAGCCCAUACGACUACCGUGCUACAGUUGCACUGGUCAGCUUGAUGAUCAACCUCCAGCUCAGAAUAUGCAGGAAAUGACAUGGGAUAACAAACUGGCUGAGAGAGCACAAUAUUGGGCCGAUCAGUGCAACUUUAAGCAUGAUGAAAAUAGAGAGAAAAAAACUGGACAGAAUUUGUAUAUUAUCUACUAUGGUGGAUCACAUGCAGAGCGACAACAUAACUUCACUGCAGCCAUAAAAAGCUGGUACGAUGAGAAUCAAUACUACACAUAUAAGGAGCUUCAGAAAGGAGACUCCCGUGAUCCAAGAACUCAAACUGGUCAUUAUACUCAGGUGGUGUGGGCCAAUACUAACAAAGUUGGAUGUGGAUUUGCCAGCUACUAUCACACUGGAAAGAAACAAGACCAAAUACUCUAUGUGUGCAAUUAUGCGCCAGCAGGAAAUUACGAAGGAGAGUACCCAUACAUAAAAGGAGAACCUAAUUGUGAAGAAAAUGGACUGUCCAACAGCGACAUCGAUGGGCUCUGUAAGAAAUAGGAAAAUUGAAAAUUUUGUCACAGUGAUUGGAAGAUUAAACUAUGAGUCUGAAGAUAUGAUCUGGAUGAAUAUCAAAUUUAAAACUAUCAAGUAAUUUUGCACUCUUCAAAACCAAAAAAUAGCAAUAUAGGCUACUAAAUUACUGCCUUUGCUUCCAUAAUAUGGAAGCAAAUAUUCCAUAAUAUAAUAGAUAUUAUCUAUAAUACUAGCCUAUUUCAAGUUAACUCAAUGCAUGUUGUUUAUCUUGUUUAUGCAAGUAUUAUAAUUACCUAUAUGUUAAAUAGAAAG